GAACCCAUUCUCCCCAGAUUCUCAGGGUCUCGAUUAUGGGGCUCCGAGCGCUGCUCCUGCUGCUCUCGGGGGCCCUGGCGCUGACCGAGACCUGGGCCGGCCCUCACACCCUGAGAUAUUUGAGCACCUUCAUGUCCGGACCGGGCCGCGGGAAGUCCCGAUACAUCGGCGUCGUAUACAUGGACGACACGGAGAUCCUGCGGUUCGACAGCGACGUCCGGAACCCCAGGCUGGAGCCGCGGGUGCCGUGGAUGGAGCAGCCGUGGGUGGAGAAGGAGAUGCCGGGGUAUUGGAACCAGGAGACACGUUUUUGCCAGUGCGAGGCACAGACUAACGAAGGGAACCUUAACAACCUGCGCGCCCACUACAACCAGAGCGAGGACGUGUCCCACACCUACCAGGAAAUGACUGGCUGCGUCGUGGGGUCGGACGGGGGUUUUCUCGGCGGGUACAGUCGGCUCUUCUACGACGGCACCGAAUACCUCGCCCUGAACAAGGACCUGAGCUCCUGGACCGCAGCGGACACAGCGGCUCAGGUCACCUGGCGUGAGUUGGUGCAGUUCCCUGAUGCAGAGGACCGGAGGGCCUUCCUGGAGGGCGAGUGCCUGUACUGGCUCCACCUGUACCUGAAGAAGGGGAAGGAGACCCUACUCCGAGCAGACCCUCCAAAGACACAUGUGACCCACCACCCCAUCUCUGACCAUGAGGUCACCCUGAGGUGCUGGGCCCUGGGCUUCUACCCUGCGGACAUCACCCUGACCUGGCAGCAUGAAGGGGAGGACCUGACCCAGGACAUGGAGCUGGUGGAGACCAGGCCUGCAGGGGACGGGACCUUCCAGAAGUGGGCAGCUGUGGUCGUGCCCCCUGGAGAGGAGCAGAGAUACACGUGCCAUGUGCAGCACCAGGGGCUGCCUGAGCCCCUGACCCUGAGAUGGGAACCCCCUCCUCAGACCACCAUCACCAUCGUGGGCAUCACUGCUGCCCUGGGUCUCCUUGGAGCUGCAGCUGCUGGAGUUCUGCUGUGGAGGAGGAAGUGCUCAGGCAGGAGCAGGGAGAAAUACGCUCAGGAUGCCUCAAUGAAAAAUGUCUUCAAGCUGAGUAUGAAAAAAAAGAAAAAGAAAUUAAAAAAUAAACGUUUAUUUAAGGAAGCAGUACCAAAGCCAGAGCGAGACCCAGUGUUGCGUGGAGCCAGCCUGGUGCUCACUGCUGGGCCGUGCUAUUCUCCGGUGGGAAACACGUGGUCUCACAGAACAUCGGCAUCAGACAAGGACCUGAGACAUCGGCGACAAGAGACACAACACCACACUGCGUGUUGUCUCAGCACAGACAGGAAUGAGACACAGUGCGGCUCACACACCAACAAGCAGCUCCCAGGCCGGCUAACAGAAGGGAAGGCAGCAUCUUUCCUAUAACUCCUCACCCUCGCUCCAGUCUGCUGCCUCAGGAGAAGGCUCCAACGGUGAAGGGAAACACACUUCACCCUGGGAGGAAAUAUUGGGAGGAGCAACAGAUGGAGAAUUCUAAGGUGGAACACCAGAGUUUACAUCUCGUACUUUACAAGUUUAUAAUUAUGUACGGGUCCUACUGGAAUUUGAUAUAUGUUGUGUUCAAUAAAUAUUUUUUGUUGAAGUAAA